AGGAAUAUAUAAGAAACUCGAGAGACGUUGAGUUGUUCGCUUGCAGAUGGGUUCCAUCUUCUUCUCCUCCUAAAGCUCUCAUCUUCCUCUGCCAUGGCUAUGGGAUGGAGUGCAGUGUCUUCAUGAGAGGUAUUAGGAGUUGGGCCACAGAAGAGAAUUGAGGCCCACCAAUUCACAAACUCCACCUUGGGCUUCAAUUUCUCCAGCCCAUCUUUCCUCUUCUUCUUCGAUAUCACCAAAGACGUUUCUUCUUCUCCCAUGGAUGACGGACGCUUGCGAUGAUGACGAUUCCGAGAGGUGAUGGCGUUAAUCGAACCGAUCCUUCGUCAAGGUUCUUCGAUCCUCCAUUUCAUCUUACCCACACGACUCAACUCCUCCUUGAAUCCUUUGCGUCGUUUCUUCGACUCCGUCUCUCCCUCCGAACCUAGUUUGUAUUUGAAAAGAAGAUCGCGACUCCUCCUUCCCCGUGAGAGAAAUUUUUCUCUUCAUACCGUCCGAGACAAGAGACAACUUCACCGAACAUUUGACGUCCCAAUGUUUUUUUUUCGCUUAUCCGGCGAAACCGUGUGCGCCUCCUCCGCUGCGACAACGACUCAUGUCUCCCUUCAGCUUUGUACUUAGCUGUUUAAGACAUUCCCUGUGUCGUUAACCUUAUCCGAUGAUCCAUUGAGCCUCCUUGUUAUCAUUUUGAGCUUACUCCACCUUGAGCUGAGACCUCCUUGUCUUAGAACUCCUUGCCUCGCAUCUUCCUAGCAGGUAACUUCCUUGUAACCAUUGAGCUUCUUUGUUAUCGAUAAGAAGUAACUUGUUUGCUCUAACCUUAUUACUUCUUCUUGUGCGAGGUGAAUCGAUAACGAAGUUACCUGCCGUGCCGUUCUCUUAGGCUAUCUUGAGGAGUUCACAACAGAGAUCAAACUUUUGCCCUGGUAGAUGCGAUUUGGCAAGGACGUCUCCGUGUACAGCAAGUUGAGGGCUGUCCACAUCGCAGCAGCUGUCUCGCAGUGACUGAUCUUUCUCAAGACUUGGUUUCCCACGUUCAAUACAAUGAGAUCUUUCGCUUUCUCCGAUUUCCCGAGCUUAACGGGAUCAACGGUCGGGAUGCUGUCUGCUUCUUCCUUCUCCGUGUCCUUCAAGGUAUUAGGAGUUGGGCCACAGAAGAGAAUUGAGGCCCACCAAUUCACAACAAAAUAUAAUAAUUGCUUCUCUCUGCCAACAUAGAGAAUGCGGGAUACGUCUGGCUUUAGCAGGAUAUGCGGUAUUUGGAAUGGACUACGAAGGUCAUGGUCGAUCCAAAGGAGCUCGUUGUUACAUCAAGAAGUUUAGUAACAUAGUAAACGACUGCUACGACUAUUACACUUCGAUCUCUGCGCGAGAAGAAUACAAAGAAAAAGGCAGAUUCUUGUAUGGAGAAUCCAUGGGAGGUGCGGUUGCUUUGUUGCUUCACAAGAGAGAUCCUUCUUUCUGGAAUGCUGCCCUUCUCGUUGCUCCUAUGUGUAAGAUAUCAGAGAAGGCAAAACCACAUCCAGUAGUGAUUAAUCUACUAACGAGAGUGGAAGAGAUUAUACCAAAAUGGAAGAUCGUCCCCACCAAAGAUGUUAUCGAUGCUGCCUUCAAAGAUCCGGUCAAGCGCGAAGAGAUAAGGAACAACAAGCUGAUAUAUCAAGACAAACCAAGACUCAAAACAGCACUUGAGAUGCUUAGAACGAGCAUGAACCUCGAAGACAGUCUCCACGAGAUCACAUUACCCUUCCUUGUUCUUCACGGUGAAGCAGACAUAUUGACCGAUCCAGAGAUUAGCAAAGCCCUGUUCGAGAAAGCAAGCUCACGUGACAAAACCAUUAAACUUUAUCCAGGGAUGUGGCAUGGGUUGACUUCUGGUGAGCCUGACGCCAACGUUGACCUCAUUUUUGCUGACAUCAUUACUUGGCUUGAUGAUCGUACCGGCGACUCCGCUUCUCUCACUGUCACUCCGGUUCGUCGAGAUGUCAUCUCAAACGUACAAAAGGUCGUGGAAGGCGCUUGUAACGAUCGAGGGAAACCUAAACGGCAGUAUGCUAGUCUGCUUUGUGGGUUAAACGGUGGUGGACGCCGUUUGGUCCAUCGAUCUUCUAUGUAAUAAACAAACAGAGGAUAAUCUGUUUCUUGUGUUCAUUUUGUAUUAGUCCUUGCUCUAGGACCUACUUGAUAAUAUCAGGGUCUUAAAAUAAAAUGAUUUAGUAUCUAAGCUUAAUUAUAUAAGUAUUAAUUUUAAUAAAAUUUAGUUACUUGAUUAAAAUAUAA